AUCAAAACAAAAAUGAUAAAACCUUGAUUUUAACCAAAGACUGGAUUUUAACGAUAUUUUGUUUAUCGACCGCAUAGAAUAAGCUUAUUACGGUUGUGAUAUAAAUCGUCUCGCUUUUUUAUUGAUUUUUCAAUGGAGCGUGGUGUGAUAAUCAAAAUAACAUUACCACCCGAAGAAAUAUUAGCGACCAAGUUAUUGCUUUGUCCAGUUAAUGACUGCAGCGAACAUUUUACAAAUGUUUCUCAUUUGCAAAUGCAUAUCUCUCGUCGACACAAGUUGCCUCCAUCAAGGAAUGCCGUUGAGGCAUACAGUAUUGAUGAACCCUCGAAACACUUCCACUGUCCAGAGGAAGCUUGCGUUUAUCAUGUACGAGCCAGCGGAACUAAAUUUUUCAAUUCUUUUCGAAGUUUGAAGCAACACUAUUUGAAAAUGCACUCGGAGAAGCAUUUUAUUUGUAGUCGUUGUCAAAAAUCUUUUGCCACGCAAUCGCUCCUGCGAGCGCAUCAAACUAACUGCGGACAGGUGUUCGUCUGUAAAUUCUGUGACUACUCGUAUGGCAGCAGGGAAGCAUUGCUUACUCAUAGCAAACGAAAGAAUCAUGGUUACCACGAACUUAUUGCAGAAAAAGCCUGUAAACGCAAAGUCAAUUCAAAAACUAGGUCUAGCAAAGCAUUGAAAUCAGCAUUCGACCAAACUCAGUAUGGAUAUUCGAAAAUCAUCUUUGAAUCAACAGUGCUAGCGGAUAAAAAGUCACAAACGACCCAAACAGAAAAUCUUAACGAAGAAAUGGUUGGAGUUAGAAACGAAUGUUCAACGCAGACUUUUAAGCCUGAACUUGAUGAACUUUCUUCAGCCAGUACGUUAACAGUGGACAAUUUUUGCCAAACGAAUUAUCUGGACAGAGCAAAACCGGUAUACUUUGAAGAAAACAGCUGUAAAAAUCAGCAGCAAUAUAAUGUCGAAGCUACCGAUUCGAUCAUCUCCGUCUGCAGUGAAACGCAAACCGAUCUCAUCUAUGACACUAUGUUCCCCAAUGAAGAUCGCGCUGAUCCAAUGCUCUAUUCCCAUAUGUACACCCAAACUUGUGAUGAUAUCUUUUCGGAGUUCGGGUUGACUACGAUCGAGACUCAGACAAACUGGGAUGGCUUGGGAGAGUUUCUAGUUUCGACAGAAACGCAAACAAACCUAAAUCGGUUUGGAUCACCAGAGAUGGCUGACAACAGAGACCGAAAUUCGGAGAGAAUAUCGUCCAUUCAAACACAAACCUCUGCCAGUAUGGAGUUUUUGAAUGCGAUUAGCUCCGAGAGCAGCUCUACCCAUACGCAGACCUCCUGAUAUUGCACCGAUGAGGUUGACUAUCAUUUCGAUUUUUAGUGAUGAUUUCAUACAAUACCUAGGAUAGUGAAACUUAAUGUUGCGGUCAUAGCUUGUGUAAAGAUGUGUUUUCUGCAUCUGAACGUGUAAAGUUUGUAUUAAUCAUAUUGCAUUUUCACGAAAUUUCCCCUAAAAUAAACCAUGCGGUUGGUGUUUCUAACAAACAAUUUAGUUAAAUUUUUCAAAACAUUGAAUUCCAUUAAAAUUAGCAAACUGGAAAAUAAAAUAUAAUCGAUGUCUAAUUGGGUUUUUAAAUAAAUACAGUUGAAAGGUUGUCCGUAGACGGUGGGCUCCAGACAUUUUUUUAUGCUUAGAAAUUUGUAUCGUGGAGACUAGAUUCUGGCAGCCCCUAGAAUCUUGUAGCAAUACGGCGCGUGCUUCAGGUGGCGGAUAGAAGCGAAGGGAUACUCUGACGACUA